UUUGAUUCGUAUGCAUAUCAUCGAUGACGCAUGGGUAUUCUUUAAUUUUUCCGAGUAGUAGAAUUAUUUAACCUUGAAACAGAAAAUUCCCACCAAAUUUCUGUCAGAGUGUUGUGUGAACUUCAAGUGGCAACAAGUUUUCUAAACAAAAGUAUUAAGAAGUUAAAAACAUGCCUCCUAUAAAAGGACAAAUGUUCCGAUAUACAGAAGAAGCUAUGGAGAAAGCUAUCGAGGAAGUACUAUGUGGAAAGCCAGUUUCAACAACAGCAAAGAAGUAUGGUAUACCCAGAGUGACUUUGUUGUACAAGUCAAAAGGCAAAACUCCACGGAAAAGAAAAAUGGGCCCAGAACCAUACCUGAAGGAAGAUCAGGAGAAGAUUUUAGUGAAGUGGAUUACUCAUGUAUCCAGAGCCGGUUUUCCUAUACAACAACAGCAGCUUAUGAGCAGUGAGGUGCUUAUGAAGGAACUGAAUAAACAGAAUCCCUUGAAAGAUGACAAGCCAGGAAGAACAUGGUUUACUGGAUUCUUAAAAAGAAAUCCCGAAAUAAGUAACAGAGUUGCUCAAAAUCUAACACCCACAAGGUCAGCGGUAACAAAAGAAGACAUUCAAAAAUGGUUCAGAGAAGUUUAUAAUUAUUUUAGAGAGAACAACUAUGAAGAGAUUCUUAAUGACCCAAAUCGAGUAUUUAAUGCAGAUGAAAGUGCAUUUUUCCUUAACCCCAAAGGAAACAAAGUAUUGGCAAGAAAGGGUGACAAAACUGUUUACCAACAAGUUAAUCCCGAUGAGAAAGAAUGCCUAACAGUACUUGCAGGUUGCCUAACAGGUAAUGCUGCUGGUAAACUAGCACCACCAAUGGUCAUAUUUAAAUAUGAGAGAAUUCCAAAAGAACUGGCACUUAGUGUUCCUGAAGAAUGGGGUAUUGGUAGGUCAGAAAGUGGAUGGAUGACAGGAGCUACUUUUUAUGAGUUCAUUACAAAUAUUUUUGAUAAGUGGUUGACACUAAGCAAAAUCUCUCGCCCUGUAUUUCUAUUCAUUGAUGGACAUUCAUCCCAUUUAACAUUACACACUAGUAGAUUUUGCGCUGAACAUGGUAUUAUAUUGGUAGCCCUUCAUCCAAAUGCAACACAGUUGCUUCAACCAAUGGAUGUUGCUGUAUUUCGUUCUUUGAAAGGGGGUUGGAAAAAUGCAGUACACCAGUGGCGGAUUGAGAAUCAGGCUUUCCCAGUUUUAAGGAAAAUUCACUUCUGUCCUCUUUUGAAAAAAGUUCUAGAGGAAAGAUUAAUGCCAUCAAUUUUAAAAAAUGGUUUCCGAAAAUGUGGCUUGGUUCCCUGGGAUGUUGGUGCGAUUAGGUUUAACAAUGAGAAAAUAGACAUUUCAAAGAAAAUACAGGAAGUACAGGAAAUGGAACAAGGGAAAAACUUUAUAGAGAAACAUAUUGAUAAAGAAAACCUAGCUCUUUUCAAAACAAGCCUAGAAUGGAACAAUGACAAUGAAGAUUUAUCUCGUUUUCACUGUUACAAAAACAUUUGCAUAAAAUACAGUCUUUUAGAAGAAGAAAUAAACAAUUUGAAAGCGAAACAAGGUGCCAAAGAACCAGAUGAUGAAGACAACAUUAUGGACGAUGCCACUUAUAUUGAGGACAUACCAAAGGAUGAAGACAACCCUAAUGUUGAAGGUAAUAAACCAGCCGAAGAACAGUAUGUGUGUGUGUGUGUGUGUGUGUGUGUGUGUGUGUGUGUGUGUGUGUGUGUGUGUGUGUGUGUGUGUGUGUGUGUGUGUGUGUGUGUGUGUGUGUGUGUGUGUGUGUGUGUGGAAAGAGAUGGCAUUAGACAAAGCGUCUUUUUGCCACAGAAUUUUGUUAUAGAUAUGUUUAAAUUUUUAUCUUAGAAUCAUUUAUAAACUUGAUUAAGAUAUUAAAUAUAGAUUUGUCAGAAUAAGAUAAAAGAUUGCUGAUGCUAACUGGAAGGCUAAUGUUAAGGUUAAUUAAACCUAAAUAUAAGUUUUGAGUCUGAUCCCUAUGAUUAAGACAAUCCAAGAAUACAUGGUUCAGAUCCCCGAUGGACUCAUAGUUACACGGACAGAAGGGAGUUUCAUAGAUUCCAAUCCUAUGUAGAUGCUCUGGAAAAAGGCCAUGGUUAAGUUUUAGCCGGGUUAUUAAUGAGGAAUGUACUUUGUUAUAAUUGUAGUUAAAAUGAGGUAUACAUUUGGGUAAUAAUGGGUGAAUAGAAAAGUAAUGAUUUCUUGAUGUCUGCUGAACAUCUUCGUAUUUGGACCUCCAUCUUUCCCUGCCAACACUUCUGAUGACAGAAAAUAGGUCUUUGAAGUUGAAAAUGUUUGUGAUUUCUGGUAUGUCGGAUGUAUUUUUUGCCAUUCCGUCCACUAUUUCGUUUCCAACCACUCCGCUAUGUCCUUUAACCCACAGUAAAGUAACUGUUUUUUUAGUGGAUUUUAGAUUAUGUAAUGUUUUUUUGAUAUCAAGAAUACUGGAGUUUUGGAAAUUAUCUAAUGGAUGGCUACAAAUAGCUUGUAGUACUGCCUGAGAGUCUGAGACUACUACAACGUUCUCGCAAUAAUUAGAAGCACACCAAGUUAGUGCUUUCUGUAUGGCAGCAGCCUCGGCUGUAAAAAUAGAACAGCAAUCCGGAAUUCGGUAUUUUUCUGCAUAAUUGUUGUUUGAAACAAAAAAUGCGAAACCAGUACUUUCAUCUGUUUUUGAUCCAUCUGUAUAAAUUACUGUUAAAUUUUUCCCUAAUUUGUUUAGUAUGGAUUUAAAUAUAAGAUUUGUUAAAGUUGGCAAGUCUGAAUAAGAUGGCAUUAUAAUGGUUGGUUUGUCUAUCAGAACUUCAAAGUCAUGUUCGAAAAUAGGAAAUUUUGGUAGCUGUGAAAUAUAAGGUUGGUAAAGAUUCGUAUCGAUAAAAGAUUCUGUAAGAGGAGGCGAAUUUUUUAUCCUCCAGUAAGAAUUUGUUAAAUUUUCUGUCGAAAGCAGACCUAUUUUGUGAACCAUAGUUGUAUUAAACGUUCUGUAUUUUAUUAGACAUUUGUUUGCUAAUAUUUGCCUACGUAUGUAUAAAGGUGGUUCUUGAGCUUCUGCUAGAACUGCAUGACUUGGUGAGGACAUCAUAGCUCCUAGACAGAUUUUUAUAGAUUUAUAUUGUAUUCUGUCUAGUGUUAAAAUAUUUGUUUUGCAAGUAGAACCAUAAAGAAUACAGCCAUAAUCUAGAAUGGAUCGUAU